GCAAGCGAGUGGAAUCAUAACAUUACACUGAAAGUCUCUUUACUUUCACUCGUAUCGUUUAGUUUCGGCUGUUUGAUUAAACUUUUCCGAUGGCGGCGGUUUCUGACUGUCUUUGACGAGCGGAAGCGGCAGAAAGGCUGAGUGUUUCGUCGGCUGUUGCUGUGAAAUGAAAACAUGUCGCUGGUCGCUGUGAAAGCUAACCGACAGCAGCAGCAGCUAGCUAGCUCACGGCUGUUCGUGUGUGAGGUCUGUCACCGCGCAAAAUGACAAGAAGACGAGCAAAGCAGUGACACGUACAGCUGACAGCAUGUGACACACACACUCGUCUCACACACCAUCAAAAAAGUUGGUUUGAAAGAUGCCUCGCCUGGAAGAGUUGGCCAACGUCGCCCUGAGGGUGCCGAGCAUCCUGCUGCUGGACCUGCUCUACAAAUGUGACAUUGAAGGGUUAACGGAGCACCUCAAGGCCAAAAAUGAAGACAUGCUCUUCAAAUACAAAUAUGUCAUCUGGAACAUGUACUACAUUGGUCAUCUGAUAAACCUGGUGGUGUUGGUUCUGCCGUUGAGACACAUCGUGACGCUCUACCUCCACAUCCUGGCUGCUCUUCUCCUGUACAUGGGGCAUCAGAUUUCCAAGGAUUAUGUUCGUGAGGAGCUGCAGUACGGUUAUGAAGGAGCCGUGUACCGUGAUUCUCUGGCCUUUAACAGAUUUGUCUCUGCGAUGACCAGUAAGUCCUGAAACCUGU